AUGUCUGUAUCCGAAAAGAACUACGUGGUUGAGGAGGACCAGCCUGAGAUUUCCGUAGAGGAUCACAGACUUUUACGCAAGGUCGACUGUAGACUUCUGCCUGUUUUCACUCUGCUUUACCUCCUUAGUUUCCUGGAUAGGUCAAACAUCGGGAAUGCGAAACUCGAUGGAAUGACAACUGAUCUCGGCGUAUCUCCUGCUAGUUAUAACACCGCUUUGGCCAUAUAUUUUGUCGGUUAUGUUGUUUUCGAGAUCCCUGCCAAUGUAUGGGAAUCUAACUUGUUAUCGUCGCUGUGCAGACUGAAGAAAUGUAAUCCGCAAGUCUGGCUCCCGUCAUUGACUCUUGCCUGGGGUAUCGUCUCUAUUGGCCAGGGUCUUGUCAAGAACCAAGCCGGGUUAUUUGGAAUCAGAUUCUUACUUGGUGCCACGGAAGCUGGGCUGUUUCCUGGUGUGAUAUACGUCUUCUCAGUAUAUUACCUGAGACGCGAGCGGAGUUGGCGAGUUGCAAUUUUCUUCGGUGGUUCGGCAUUGGCGGGGGCAUUUGGAGGAAUAUUUGCAUAUUGCAUUGGAUUGAUGAAUGGUGUGGGCGGAAAAAGUGGUUGGCAAUGGAUAUUCAUUCUUGAAGGAUUACUGACAGCGGUCGUUUCCCUUAUCGCAUAUUUCAUUGUGCCCACUUGGUCUCACAAGGCCAAAUUUUUAUCUGAAACAGAAAAAACACGCCUGCUAGAUAGAUUGCGAGCAGAUUCUGAUGCGGGGACUGACCAAACUUUCAAAUGGUCGUCCGUCGGAGAUGCUUUUAGCGAUCACUUAGUCUGGGCAUAUGCAUUCCUCUUCCAUGGAUUCUCUUUUGUACUGUACUCGCUCAGCCUUUUCCUGCCUACGAUCAUUGCGGGACUCGGGUUCGAGACAUGGCAGGCUCAACUGAUGACUGUCCCCCCGAAUGUACUCGCAAGCUUCUCAAUAUGGACCACAGUAUAUUUCUCAAGCAAGUACAAUGCAAGAGCGCCGUUCAUCAUAGGAGCUGCAAUUGUAUCCAUCAUUGGAUAUAUCCUUCUCAUCACUUGCACGAAACCCGGUCUUCAAUAUUUUGGAGUGCACCUCGCAGCGGCCGGCGUGUAUACAGGCAAUUCGCUUCUUCUGAGUUGGCCUGGGGAGAACGUUUCUGGUCAGGCUAAACGUGCAGUUGCAGUAGCCCUUCAAAUCAGCGUCGGCGAUAUCGGAGCGAUUGCAGGCUGUCUGAUCUACAGGCCCACACUGGCCAGUCACCUGUACCGCACACCCAAUCUUAUAGCCAUCGGGUAUCUCCUGUUCGCAAUCGUAGUGACCACAUAUUUGUGGGUCAUGAUGAGUAUGGAGAACAAGAGGCGAGAUCGUUUAUUGUCAAAGGGCGAAUCAAAGGAUGAAACCGAGGAAGAGAGAAUCAGGUUGGGUGAUCGUUCUGUGCGCUACAGAUACCGAAUUUGA